UGACCUUUGAAAAUGCUGUUUGAAUUUGUGUAUAAAAGGAUUAUGUGAUAUAAGUGCACAGUAUGGUUUUCACAAACGAUGUAGUGACUUUCUGGAUUUGAAUCAACAAUCUUUAAAUUAGGUGGGAGACAUAACGAAGACCAUUAAAGGGAAAAUGGCAGAGUCCAGAGAUCAUGAUGAGUUCAAACUUACCCCCCAAAACAAAGUGGAGACUUAUGUUGACCAUGAGGUCACCCUCCCCUGUCACUUGUCCCCUGAGAUCAGUGCUGUUGCCAUGACAAUCCGGUGGUUUAAGAAAACACAGUGUAUUUACCUGUAUAAGAGGGGCCAGGUGACAGAGGUGAGGGGCUACAAGGGAAGACUGAGUCUGAUCACCCAGGAGCUGGAAAGAGGCAAUGUGUCUCUGAAGCUGGAACGGUUCAGAAUGUCAGAUAGCGGAGUGUACAUAUGUCAGGUCAUCCAUGGGAAGCAGCUGCGGGAGGUUGCAGUGGGGCUCAAUGGUAAGUGA